CUAAGAUUUUAACGAGUUUUGUUUCAGAGAAGAUGGACGUUUUUCUGAUGGUCCGUAGGAAGAAGACCACCAUCUUCCUGGACGCGAAGGAGACGACCACCGUGCUGGACUUGAAGAAGAUGAUCGAGGGAAUCACAAAGAAAGGACCCUCAGAUCAACAGCUAUACAGCAAGGAUGAUACAGUUAUGGAAGAUGAGAAGAGUCUGUUUGAUUACGGUUUAACAUCUGGGCUAGCCAAGGCACAACAGCCAGCUGAAGUAGGACUAGCAUUUAGGGGUGAGGACGGCUGGGAAGAACUAGAGAAGACUCCCUACUCCAACCCUCCAGAGCUGCCUGAUGUUAUGAAACCAGGCCAAGACAGUGCUUCUCAAGCCGAUGCUUGAAUAUUUCGACAUUUCUUCUCAGAGAAUCUGAAUUCAAGAUUGGUAUUGACUGACCAGGACUCCAUUAAUACAUCUCAAUCCAUUUUUCUGUUCCUGGGUUUCCGAGCUCCUUGUCUCCUUCAACACAAAAUAUAAUUUUAGUUUUUAAA